AGGAGUAGCAAAGUCAUGUCGGUCAUCGAAAUCGAGGACGUCCAUGACGCCGAGGAGGUACAGGCCGUUGACGCUUUCCGCCAGGCACUUAUCUUGGAGGAGCUACUGCCUGCAAAGCACGAUGAUUAUCACAUGAUGCUUAGAUUCUUGAAAGCGAGGAAAUUCGACAUUGACAAGGCAAAACAGAUGUGGACUGACAUGCUUGAGUGGAGGAAGGAAUUUGGUGCUGACACAAUUAUGGAGGAUUUUGAGUUCAAGGAACUGAGUGAAGUCUUGGAAUACUAUCCUCAAGGCUAUCAUGGAGUGGAUAAGGAUGGAAAACCAGUCUACAUUGAGAGACUAGGAAAAGUAGAUCCCAACAAGCUGAUGCAAGUGACAACAAUGGAUCGCUAUGUGAAAUAUCAUGUCAGAGAGUUUGAGAGGACUUUUGGUGUUAAGUUCCCAGCUUGUUCAAUUGCAGCAAAGAAGCAUAUUGAUCAAAGCACAACCAUCUUGGAUGUUCAAGGAGUAGGACUUAAGAAUUUCACCAAAUCUGCGAGAGAACUGAUUUCUUGCCUUCAAAAGAUUGAUGGUGACAAUUACCCUGAGACCUUGAACCGCAUGUUUAUCAUCAACGCCGGUUCGGGCUUUAGGAUGUUGUGGAACACAGUCAAGUCCUUCCUUGAUCCUAAGACUGCUGCAAAGAUCCAUGUCCUGGGAAAUAAGUACCAGAGCAAGUUGCUUGAGAUAAUUGAUGCCAACGAGUUGCCAGACUUUCUAGGAGGUACUUGCACUUGUGCCGAACAUGGCGGAUGUAUGCGUUCGGAUAAGGGUCCUUGGAAGGACCCAGAAAUUCUGAAGAUGGUUCAAAACGGUGACCACAAAUGUAAGGGAAAACCUGGGAGCAUCCAAGUUGCUGAUGAGAAGACAAUAUCAGAGGAUGAGAUGUCAUACUCUAAGGGAUAUUGUGACUCUCACAAUGUGGAGGCUACUCCAGAUGUAGAUGGUACAACACAAUUGUCUCCUAUUCGUGAAGAAAACCCUGUAUUGAAAAGGUCUAAAAAGUUUUACAAGUAUGACGACUAUGUUCCAAUGGUUGACAAAUCUGUGGAUGCCACUUGGCAAAAGGCGGUUGAAAGCAACAAUUUUGCUCUUCCUAAAGAUUGCUAUACAAUGCAUGAUGGUUGCAAAAUGUCUGACGGCUUUAGCUCGCAAAUCUUCACCGGCGUUAUGACGGUUGUGAUGGGCAUUGUGACCAUGGUCAGGCUGACAAGAAACAUCCCCAAGAAGCUAACUGACUCCACCUUCUACUCCAGCCCGACUUACUGUGAUGAUGACAGCAUGUCUGGUGCCAAGGUGCAGCUGCAAGGGGCUGCCAUGUCCAGUGCUGACUUAAUGUCUGUUAUGAAGCGCAUGGCUGAGUUGGAAGAGAGAGUGACUGUCAUGAGCAUGAAACAAGUCACCAUGCCGCUCGAGAAGGAGGCCAUGUUGAAUUCUGCUUUAAGCCGGGUUGAUGCUUUGGAGAAAGAGCUUAUGGAAACCAAGAAGGCUUUGGAGGAGUCGCUUUCCAGGCAGGAGGAGCUUGUAGCUUAUCUAGACAAAAACAAGAAGAAGAAGAAGAAGAAGAAGUUGAACCUAUUCAGCUGGUAAUAGAAUGGCUGGACGCCCGGGAGAGAUUCUGAGCACCCC